AGUGUGCCGCUCCGCACCGGCCUCUGCAAGUCCCCGGACCCGCUCGUCCCGCCCGCCUAGCCCAACCACCAUCCACUCUGUGGGUUCCAGCGCCAAGCCAUUCAUCUCAUCCAUGAAAACCGGGAGAACGAAGGCUUAUGCAUCUUGCAUAUAUGAAUGGCUCUAGUCCGGUGCCGGUGGCAGCCUUUUCACCCGAUGCCGAGAAGGCUUUUGACUGGGUUGAGUGGAGGUUCCUUAUGUUAUCUCUUUCAAAAUCCAGAUUUGGUCCUGGCUUUUGUAAUUGGAUGAAGGUACUCUACAGCAACCCUAUUGAACCUAUUCUCACAAAUGCCUCUCUAAAAGGACUAGACAGGGUUGUGCUCUCUCUCCAUUGCUCUUCACUAUGGUUUUAGAACCACUGACUGUAGCAGUCAGAGCCAAUGUAAGAAUUAAAGGUGUGCAUGCAGGGGGCAGGGAGCAUAAGCUAUUUAUGUAUGCAGACGGUAUCUUAGCAAUGGUAGCUGAUCCUGUGUACUCUCCGCUGGUGCUACUUGAAUAUUCCAAGUCAUAUUGAAGUCAUAUUCCAAAUGAUCAGAUUAUAAGACAAAUUGGCACAAAUCAGAGAGUAUGCCUAUAUCCAAUACAUGUAAUUCUGGAGAUAUGGUAAAUGGACUGUACUUGUAGAGCGCCUUUCUAGUCUGCUGACCACUCAAAGUGCUUUUACACCAUAUGCCUCAUUCGCCCUUUCAUACACAUUCACGGCCCAUCGAACAGAAACUACCUCAUUCAUUAACAUUCACACACACCAAUGACGCAGCCAUCGGGUUCAGCAUCUUAAAACCGAUGGAUGAACCUAAUACUUCGACAUGCAGCAGUUUCAAAUGGAUGCCUUCAGGUAUGAAAUAUCUGGGUAUUCAACUAUAUAUUCAACAAAUUUGGAUGAAAUAAUGCUCUCACAUAUGUAAAAUACUCAAAAUACUCCUCCAGAAAAUAAAAAUGAACCUGGAUAAAUGGGGAAAAUUGAAGCUCACACUGUGGGGAAAAAUUAAUGUGUUUAACAUGGUGGUUGACCCACAAUUUAAUUAUGUUUCCAUAAUGUUGCCUUUUAAUAUACCACUGAAGUUGUUUAAACAUUAUGAUAGAAUUAUCAAAGACUUUUUAUGGGAUAAAAAGAGACCAAGGAUUAAUAUUAAGAAAAUGUGGUCACCGAGCGAUGUAGGAGGUAUGGGUCUACCCAGUGUAAGGUUAUACAAUCCAUCAUUUGAAAUGUCUAGAUUUGAAGGGAACAGACCUGGAGCUGAGCUGGAAUAAAAUUUAACAGGAGCCCUUUCAAACCUUUGGAUGCUCUCUCACAUGGUUCAACUACUAAUUGACAUGAUCACUUUCCAAACCCAGUACUGGUUCAUUCUAAGUAAGUUUGGAGAGAAGUGCACAGGAAGUGUGGUGUUUUGCACUUAAGACAAUCAUAUGCAUCUCUCUGGCAUAACCCAAUCAUAUGUAUUGGGAAGAAGUCUGUUUACUGGAUUAAAUGGCUUAUGAAAGGGAUAUGCACGAUAAGUGACUUGUGUUUAUAUCUUUUUCUGACCAUGUGCAAAAAUAUAGUUUGGAGAGUAAAGGUACAUUUUGGAAGUACUUUCAAAUAAGGGUGUCCCUAAGUGCCAAUUCACUCAGGGCAAGAAUGUGGUGAGGGAGUAUUUGGAGUUGCAUUGUAUACUACACAGGGCAACUUUGUUGUUUAAAAACAGUUUGCAAGAUGAUAUCUGUAACAAUCUGAGCAUCAUUUGGCAAAGGGACCUAGGAUGUGAUUUCAGUGAUGAGGAACGGUUAAAAAUAAUAUGAAAUACUGAGAAAUAUGUAAGAGUGGCUAGUGGAAUUCAUUCAGUUCAAGUUAAUACAUAGGGUUUUUUUUAAACUCCAUCAAACAGAUAUGCCCUAUCUAUCAAAAUAUAACAUUACAGUGAUAAACGUUGGGGUGGUCACGAUCCUUGGCUUAUGGAAAAUGAAAUCCUGUUAUAUAAAUUGAUAGAUAUAAUGGUAGAAAAAAAUCAUAUGAACAUGUUAGCUAAAGUUAAUUACGAUUGGAUGGGACGAUGGUAAUUUUAAGAGGGCAUGGGACAGCUUUUUUGCCUAUGCCACUUCUGGGAUGCUGUAAUGAUUUGGUUGUUCCUUUAUAACUGCUAGAUGUCUAUUUUGGUUGUCCUCUAUGUCAUUAAUUUAUCACAGGCCUUUGUACAGCUUGUAACUACAUGUACUGUCUGUUUAUGUACGUAUACUUGAAUAAAAA